AUUCCUUUUCAUUUUUGUUCCAUUUUGCUUCAGGUUCGAGAGCAGAUUUUAGUUGUUUUUUUAUCAUUUUUUUAAAUAAAGCUCCUUUAUUAAUCUUAUGGUAUUUUUAAUUUUAUUGCCUUUUGAAGUAUGUACUUUUUGUUUCUAAAAUUUUUAUUUUUUCUAUUCAUAGAUUUAGUUUUUAUACAUGCGGAGAAGCAUACUUUUUUAAUCACUGGAAUUGUUGAGCGCUAGUGCCAACAUUCCCAAUUCCUGCCUCUUCAAAACGAGGAAUUUUGCAAAUACUCGUAAAUGGCAUACUAUUCGCCAGCCAGUAACAAAUCAUUUCCGCCCCAAAAUUUGGCAGCAUCUUCGUCCUCAAUUAGUGCGAGUAAUUCACCUGGUCGGCAGAGAUUGCCGGUUGUGGUUAAGGAGAAAUCGCCGCAGAAAAAAACGCCGACCAGGAGUAGAGGACAAACUCAACGCAGGGUUGCAGCACUAUCUCCAGGCGAUGCUUCAAGUUCAGAAGCUUUGGCGAGCACAAUCGCUUCGGUAGCAUCUGGUGGGGGUAGUCUCGAAGAAUUUGAAAAAUUCUCUGCCGCAACAUCAUUAGGAUCCUCAUCAAAUUCUUCUCCCUCUUCACUCUACACUAAUUCAUUAAAUGUUCAUCCCGGUCCUUCAACUUUUUCUGAACAACUGUCAGCAUCACAAAACAUAAUACAACCGCCGUCUUCUUCCAAACGCCGGAAGAAUUGUAGUAGCUCUUCUGCUUUAAACUCAACUCAGAGCAAUCAAAAAAUAAAUCAGCUGUUAUUGUCAGAUUCACCUAAUGCGUCAUUGGGAACACUGGUGGAGAGAAAUAAAAGGAUGGGUCCUCUUUCGGCCUCACAAUAUCAGCAUAUUCAAGAGGUACAACAACAGCAAUGUAGAAUUCAUGUUCAAAAUCCUCCCCAAACUCAUGGAGACUUCCCUGUGACCGGAACUAAAAUACAGGUUGUUCAUAUGCAACCAAGUCCUGCCGCUGCUGCUUCUUUAUUAACUGGAGCUUGUGAAUCGCCUCAACAGGUUUAA